AUGCCCAACGUCUCCACGGUGAAGGAAUUCCUCCUGCUGGGUUUCUCGGAGGUCCGGGAGCUGCAGCUGGUCCACACCGCGCUGUUCCUCCUGGUCUACCUGGCGGCCCUGACGGGGAAUCUCCUCAUUAUCACCGUCACCGUCCUGGACCGGCGCCUCCACACCCCCAUGUACUUUUUCCUCAGAAACCUGUCCGUCCUCGACCUCUGCUACAUCUCCGUCACUGUCCCCAAAUCCAUCCACGACUCCCUGACCGACAAGAGAUCCAUCUCCUUCCUGGGCUGUGCCACCCAGCUAUUCUUGGUGGACCUGUUUGCCGGGUCCGAGCUGUUCCUCCUCAUGGCGAUGUCUCAUGACCGCUACGUGGCCAUCUGCCUCCCCCUGCGCUAUGAGCUCAUCAUGACCAACACGGCCUGUGGAAAGAUGGCAGCCGCCUCCUGGCUCACUGGUGUGAUGUUUGGGGUCUCGUAUUCAGCUUUGACUCUCUCCCUGAGCUUUUGUGGGUCCAACCUCGUCCAGACGUUCUUCUGUGAUGUCCCCUCUCUGCUGAAGAUCUCCUGCUCCAAGGAGCACAUCGCCAUCAACGUGAGCGUCACCGGUGGGGUAGCUUUUGGUGUCUUCUGCUUCAUUCUCAUCAUCGUCUCAUACGUGCGCAUCUUCCGGGCCGUGCUGAGGAUGCCGGCCACUGAGAGCCGGGCCAAAGCCUUCUCCACCUGCCUGCCUCACCUCGCCGUCGUCACGGUCUUCUUCUCGGCUGCGGCGGUUGACUAUGUUAAGCCCGUGUCAGACUCUCCUUCGACCCUGGACCUGCUGGUGUCCGUUUUCUAUACCGUGGUGCCUCCCGCCCUUAACCCCCUCAUCUACAGCCUGAGAAACCGGGACAUGAAGGCCGCCCUGGGGAGAGUCCUAAAGGGGAGAUUCCUCCUCCCUCUUCUAAGGGACAAAAUGUCUGUUUCCUUUUGCUGA